UGCCCAAAAUCCUUUCUCUCAGUCAAGAAACUGUUAGGGAAAAACCCCCAGAUUAGGUUGGCAGCAGGCCUGUCAUGCAAACAGUUUGGCUUUAAUACUGUACUCCUUAUAUCACAAUCUUUCCAUUGAUUUCACUGUCCCUCAAGCCAAACCCCAGGAGUCUGAGCAUGCUCAGAGCAGAUUUACAGAUAAGGAAUCCAGGGGGAAAAAAAGAGUAAAAGGCAAACACUGUUACAUAACUAUUUUGUGAUGUUAACUAAAACAUCACAUCCUGCUGAGGAUGGCUGAUGGUGCUGACAAAAACAGGAGGCUUACAGAGGCAAACUGUUGUCUGCCCUCAGGGCAAAGCAGCUGGGCAUCUGCUGUGGGAAAGGCACACAGAUAAAAAUGCACUAUUAUAUUGGCAGCUGGUGCUCACACCUGAAUAAAGUUUCAGCAUAACAUCUAUUAUUCUUCAUCAGCUUUCAAAAAACAUUAAAAGAACCCUCUUCCAAAACUAAAAAUAACAUUGUCCUUUAAAAUAACUGCUUUCUGAUUUACCCCUACAAAGGAAGUCAGUUUUCCUCUCGUGUUAUCGCGAGCAUCAUCCCACCUUCAGAGGGAGCCCAGACACCCCAUGCUGCAGCUGCGGGGGCUCGGGGAGAAGCAUCACUAGCCCGGCCCAGCCUGGUGUCCCCAGUGUCAGGAAAAUUAAUCCACAAACACCAGAGGUUUAUGUCCAAAAAGGAGACAGAGAGUCCUUUUUGCUUUAUUCAAAUGAAGGGAGAGGCCAUGGGGCAUUCCUCUGGGCUCUCCCAAAACUUUGGAGGACGCAGCCUCCUUUUAAUCCCAAUUUCCCAGCCCCAUUUCCCUCUCUCUUUCCCCAUGGGCUUGAGAGGUACAGACUUCCAGGCACGCCUGAUACCUGAGAUCCCCCUCUAAUAUUUAACCCUCACUUUCAAUUUUUAAUUCCUAUAGAAUGCAUAGUUUUUCCCCAUUGUUUAUUUCUUCUUUCAAUAUCCAGUUUCAUUUCUCAGCAAACCUACAGUUUAUUUGUAAAGGCAAACAUCCUUUUGUCCAUCCACCAAUCAGUGGAAUCCAUCCCAUUGCUUAUCUCUCUGUGCUGGUUUUACCUACCAGCAGCUUGUUAGCAAAGCCAAAUCCCUCGCUGCUCCCGGCGGGGCUGUGGCUGUCCCGGGACGGGGCGGGCACGGCUCUGCCGUCCUUAAAGGGCUGUGCGGGCGGUGCUAGCAGGCAACACUGCUGGUGCAGCCAUGGCCACCUGCGUGCAGCUCUACACCGGGGCAGGCAUGCCCGUCAUGGGGCUGGGCACAUGGAAGUCUGAAGCUGGGCAGGCAAAAGCUGCGGUGAUGGCUGCCAUCGAUGCCGGGUACCGCCACAUUGACUGUGCCUAUGCAUAUCACAAUGAGAAUGAGAUUGGGGAAGGCAUCCAGCAGAAAAUCAAGGAAGGUGCUGUGAAAAGAGAAGACCUCUUCAUUGUAAGCAAGCUGUGGUCCACAUUUCACGAGAAGUCUCUGGUGAAGGGAGCCUGCAAGAAGACUCUUGCCAACCUGAAAUUGGAUUACCUGGAUCUCUACCUCAUGCACUGGCCUAUGGGGUUCAAGGCAGGAGAGGAGCUGUUUCCUGCAGAUGACAAAGGCAUGGCUAUACCCAGCAACACAGAUUUUCUAGAUACAUGGGAGGCCAUGGAAGAGCUGGUGGACUGUGGACUGGUAAAAGCCAUUGGUGUCUCCAACUUCAACCAUGAGCAGAUUGAAAGAAUCUUGAACAAGCCAGGACUGAAGUACAAACCUGCAAAUAAUCAGAUCGAAUGCAAUCCGUACCUUACCCAGGAGAAGUUGGUGAACUACUGCCAGUCCAAAGGGAUUGCUGUGACAGCAUACAGCCCCCUUGGCUCCCCUGACAGGUCAUGGGCUAAGCCAGAGGAUCCUUCCCUUCUGGAUGACCCCAAGCUCAAAGAGAUUGCAGCCAAGUACAACAAAUCCACCGCCCAGGUUCUCCUCCGCUUCCAGAUUGAGAGAAAUGUGAUUGUGAUUCCUAAAUCUGCCUCCCCACAGCGCAUUGUGGAGAACUUCAAGGUGUUUGACUUCAAAUUGACUAAAGAGGAGAUGGCAACUAUUUUCAGCUUUAACAGAAACUGGAGAGUCUAUACAAUGAAGAUGGGCAAAACUCACAAGGACUACCCAUUCGAUGCAGAGUACUGAAGAUGUUCAUAUCCUGCCCCACUUCAGAGCCUGGUCUGAUAUUCUUCCUAUCAAUUUAACUGACUUUCUUACUGCAUUUCUCCUCUUGCAGCCAGUGAAGUCACAGCAUAUGUAUUCAUCUUUUGUUUAUUCUUUCUGAAAGAUACAGUAAAAUUGUUCCAAAAGAAUAAAAUGGGGGCUGUAAUAAUUUUCUGUCAAAAUGUGGAUUGAGUAAUCCACAUUUAGUGAGGGAGAGACUUUGAACUAUGCAGUCACAUUUUUAAUUUAUCUUGGUCAAUGCAACAGGCUCAGGAGGAUAGCUGGCAGUUAUGGGAGAAAAAUCUGAGAAAUGUGAGCUACAGGCCAGCUGUUUUAUGAUUCCAGAAGUAACUGAGAAAGGAGUUUUUCUUACUUAAAGAAAGCUUUGCCUUAGGGCAAAAAACCAAAAAACAAACCAACUCCAUAAGCAGAUAACACACAGGUCGGCAGUAUUUCCAGCCAGGUUUGCUCCUGAACGUGUGGAUUUUCCCUGGGCCAGCCCAUUCCUCAUUUCCCUGUGGGCAGCAGAGGGCGGCCAUCCCUCAGCCACCCGGCAAUGCAGGGACAUCCCUGAUGUCACACAGCCCCCUGAUGUCACACUGCUGGCUCGGGGAGCUCAGCCCCCAAAGUGCAGGCAUCCCCUCUGGCCCUGUCAGCCUCAGGGCCAAAUUCUCCAGCCCCUCUAGCUCCAUCCACCUCCCUGUUCAGCUCAGCCACCCAUCCCACUGCCCUUGGCCCCACAGCCCAGGGGAGAUCAGCAGCUGUUUGCUUUUGGGGCUGUGUCACCUUUCCGCUCCCAGCGCCUGGGCAGGUGACCAAAAACAAUUAUUAAGUUGCACAGUGUGUUUCAAGGCAAAAGAACAAAACCUUUCUCCAAGAAAAUGAGCACCUUAUGGACUUACUUCCAAAAUUUCCACUGUCAAUUCAUGAAAAUGUAAUCCAAGAAUGUUUGCUUUGCAUCUUCCCAAAGGCAGCAACCAUAAAACCUUCUGUAAUCCCCAGGCUGAGGUGAGACUUAGCUCUGCUGAGAUCGAACACACAGAUUUAUUGAACAACAAAGGUACAAUGUUACUAUGAUGCACAAGUUUGGAGCACUGUCUUAUUAGUGAAUACUUUCUCCAGCACAGGUUACCCAGUCACCAUACAGCCUUCAGAGGUCUCAUUGUUCAAGCAAAACUCAUCCACCAGCUGCAGUCCCCUUGGCAUAAAGUUCUUUCAGGAUGGAUCUCCUUGGUCUCCAGAAGUAAUCCUGAGUCACAGAAGU